CUCAAGUGAUUUUAGCCAUAUUUGGGCCAAAAUUGUCAAAUGUGAACCCCCCUGGAAAUUUUUGAAAAAUGAACCCCCCUUGGCAAGUCCUGGCUACGGGCCUGUUGAGAAUUGGCAAUAUUUGGCUUUCAGUGGUUGUUUGAUUUUAUUGUAUGCACAAUCAAUUAGUCAUUCUAAGGUAAAUUAUGGAAUUAGUCAUGAACCUGGAAAUAUUUAUAAAUAUUCCUUUUAUUUCCAGAUGGAAUUCUGACUCUGAAGAAUCCAAGUAAACUGGUUUAUAAAUGUACAUUGUGUCUUGAAGAAUUCCAUAAUCUACUGCGUCUGAGAAAACAUUUCAUAAGCUGUCAUCAGAUUGAAAUGUUUCAGUGUAGACUGUGUGACUAUCAUGUUAAGCGUCUUGACAGAUAUACAGAACAUUAUAUUGCGAUCCACACAGACUUUAACAUACAUGUAGUCAGAGCUGAAAAACUGAAGACUGAAGAAUGUAAUAAGUGUGAAAAGAAGUUUACAAAUAAAUGCUUAUUAAAUCGCCACGUUGCACAGUUUCACUCUAAGCAAAUAUUCCACACAUGUGGAACAUGUAAGGCUGGAUUCAUACACCAUGGGAAAUACAGAAGACACUUUUUGAAUAAUCAGAAAUGCAAGGCAAGCUGUCCGAAAAACUUCAAUUAUCAGAUUUGCAAUAUAUGUGGAGAAAUGUUUGUUUUCUUGAGCAAUCUCAAACACCAUAUCAAAUGGAUGCAUAAAAAGAGGAACAUUGAAUGCACCAUUUGUCAUAAAGUUCUCUCAUGCAGAGAAUCAAUGGAGAGACACCUGGCAGAAACCCAUAAUAAAUCACAUCAAUGCACGACUUGUGGAAAAACUUUCGGAUCAGUUAGAAAUUUGGAAAGCCAUAUGAGGACUCAUACUGGGGAAAAGCCUCAUAGGUGUGAACUGUGUAAUGUAUCAUUUGCUCAAAGUGGAAGUCUAAGUAACCAUAAGAAAUCUAAAGGACACACUGAAAAACAAGUGGCAAAAAUGUAA